UGCAAAUUAAUAAUGGUUUGUGAGAAAUGUGAACAAAAGCUAGCCAAGAUCGCCGUUCCAGAUCCUUGGAAAACAGGCUCUGCGAGAAAAAUUAAUGAAAAUAAAGCUUUAACUUCCGCUAAAGACAGAUUUAACCCCGUAGGGAAAGUUCCAUGCAGAAUUUGCCGACAAAAGGUACAUCAAGCUGGUUCGCAUUAUUGCCAAUCAUGCGCAUAUAAAAAAGCGAUUUGCGCAAUGUGUGGAAAAAAAUUAAUGAAUGUUAAAAAUUAUAAGCAAAGUUCGACCUAG